UAUUAAAUAUUUAGUGUAACAUUGGUGGCCAUUACAAAACCUAAACUUUUUUAUCAGGACAAAUGUCCACUUGAUGUUUCGGCGACGUUGUGACUAAUCUUUCGAAAAGCAAACUAAAAACACGAGUCCUGUGAUUCAGUCUUUUCUAGUUCUUAUUGUGCGAGUGCCGUGACUUCCAUAACCGAGAAACCUUGCAGUAUAUUCGAAACUGCUUUCAAGCCGACCGACGAUUUAUUACUAAGGUUCCACGCGUUGCUAUAAACGGUCGCCGAAACAUCAAAAGAAAAUUGGUGCUUGCAGUGUAACAACAAUGAUUUUGAGAUAAAUUGUAUAAAAGUGUUAUUAGUCGAAGUGUAGAACUGCAAAAAACGGAAAUAUUGUUGAAAAGUUUUGAUAAAAGAAGUGCUGUUAGUGUUUGAGUGUGGCAUGGGGAGAGACUGCACGCCCCUACGGGUGUGGUGACAUGGGCUGCUCGGCUUCUGAAGCCGUGCACCGGGAGUGAGCAGUGUGGGGCCGGGCUGGCACACAUCUAGUAUUAUGAACAAGCGCGAAGGCAACAAGGAGAAGGAACGUCAGAGUGACGAUAAAAGAACUUCCACGAACUGCGAGACUAGUUGUGACUCUUCAACAAUAAAUAGUGAACAAUCUUCUUUUGGCGCUACCGGCGCGGUGGGCGGGCGCGGCGUGGGCAGCAGCGCGAUGCAUCCGUCGCGGCACUCCGUCACCUCGUCGUCGGGCGUGUUGAUGGUCGGGCCCAACUUCCGCGUCGGCAAGAAGAUCGGCUGCGGGAACUUCGGGGAGCUCCGACUGGGGAAAAAUCUGUACAACAAUGAACAUGUAGCGAUUAAGAUGGAGCCUAUGAAAUCCAAGGCUCCGCAACUCCAUCUAGAGUACCGAUUUUACAAGCUACUCGGUACACAUGCCCCCUCGACAGCGGAAGGCAUCCCGGAGGUGUACUACUUCGGGCCGUGCGGCAAAUACAACGCGCUGGUGAUGGAGCUCCUCGGGCCUUCGCUGGAGGAUCUCUUCGAUCUGUGCGGCCGGCGGUUCUCUCUAAAGACUGUGUUAAUGAUCGCUAUGCAGCUGUUACAUCGUAUCGAGUAUGUCCACACGAGACAUCUAAUAUACCGAGACGUGAAGCCGGAGAAUUUUUUAAUAGGUAGAACAGCAACUAAAAGAGAAAAAAUCAUCCACAUCAUUGAUUUUGGUUUGGCCAAAGAGUAUAUAGAUUUAGAGACAAACAAACAUAUCCCAUAUCGGGAGCAUAAGUCACUCACCGGGACCGCAAGAUACAUGUCAAUAAAUACACAUUUAGGAAAAGAACAAUCUAGACGCGACGACCUAGAGGCUCUCGGGCAUAUGUUUAUGUAUUUUUUACGUGGUUCCUUACCCUGGCAAGGUUUAAAAGCUGAUACACUCAAAGAAAGAUACCAAAAAAUUGGUGACACCAAGCGUGCGACGCCUAUUGAGGUGUUAUGCGAGGGCCACCCCGAGGAGCUGGCGACGUACCUGCGCUACGUGCGGCGGCUGGACUUCUUCGAGACGCCGGACUACGACCAGCUGCGCCGCAUGUUCCGCGACCUGUUCGAGCGGCGCGGCUACCAGGACGACGGCGAGUUCGACUGGACCGGCAAGACCAUGUCGACGCCCGUGGGUUCCAUCCAGACCGGGCACGAGAUCGUGGUGUCGCCGAACAGGGCUCACCAGCCUUUCCACAAGGGUACGGCGAAGGAGGCGGGCUUGGGCGGCGCCACCAACUCGGGCGGCAACUGGCCACACAGCGGCAAGGCCACGCCCCUCACCGCCGGACACCUCACCCCCGCCGACCGUCACGGCUCCGUGCAGCUGUUGAAGAAUAAGCAUUUUCGGUGGUGUCGUCGACGAACGGCGAGCUGGGCGCGGACGACCCCACGGCGGGGCACUCCAACACGCCCAUCACGGCGCCCCAGCACGACCAAGACCUCCAGGACGACACCAAGUCAGUGUUCCAACUGCAAUCCGUCUAUUCCAGAUGCUGCUGCUUCUUCAAACGCAAAAAGAAGAAGUGCGCCGCCCGCGCGGGCAAGUGACGCGCGCACACACACACGCACCGUCACACACACACACACACGCCACACACGUGCCCGCACACACGCCCGCUCGCGAAACUCUUCGCCGGCCUCUCGCGCUUCUAGAGAGGAUAUCGCCCCAACCCGCUCGAUUAGGGUGUACGGCAUGUGAUUUUUCUAUAUCUGAACCUUUGUAUUUAUUGGUUGAUGAAAAACUCGCAAGCUAACUCGCAAUGGCAUUUGCAAUGAAAAAGUAUGGUAAUGUCAUAAUUACUGUCAAAUUUCUAUGAAAAUAUGAUGUUUAUAAUGAUACGACCACUUUGUUAUAUUCAAAUCGGUGCAAAUUUAACUUAGACGGACUCUAGUGAAGUGGCUUUGCUAAUUAUGAACAAUAUAACGUUUUACAGCGAUUUGUCAAUGGGGUUGGCAACUGUCAAACGUUUGCAUAGAUGGCGCCAUCAUAGCUUGCCCCUUUUUCUAUGAGAUUUGGCUUAAAGGGCUGGCAUCCAGGGUAUAAAAAAAACCAAAAAAUUGACACGAUUCUAGGGAUUGACGGGGCAAGCUAUGAUGGCGCCAUCUGCUAAAAACUUCCACCGGCCAACCCCAUUUGAAGUAUCUUUCAAUUCACAAUUUAAUGACCGCGAGAAUCAAUUGCGCGUUCCUAAAUCGUGAAAAAAUAUGUUACUGUAAUAUUAUUCGUCAUUAACUAAAGCGUAUUUCACACUGAUUUUACAUGAAAUCUACAGACAACAUGUGCAGUCAACUGUAAAAAUAUGGGUGCACAAAUCAUCUUAAAAAUGUCCCAUAGCUCUUAUGUCAGUGAAUUAAGAACUAUGGGACACAUUUUUGAAUAAGUUGGCUACACCCAUAUUAGUACAGUUGACCGUACAAAGUCAAUAGAAAACACGAGCAAUAAAAAUAACGCUUUCACCAGGCGGUGAAGUGUUAUUUUAACGUACCGUUGAUCCGUUAUACAUAAUAUAUAUCGGAGAAUGUGUGAACACUGAAUCUUUAUAAACUCGUAUUUGACCAGUAAAUAACUAUUGAACAAAUUCAGAGAUAGAGAAAUCAUAAAUCGAGGCCUUAAUGAUUGGCCUGUCGAGACCAGUAUCGACCCCUCAGCCCUGCAGCAAGUGUUCCAAUUUAUUCUUCUGUGCCAGUUCCAAAAAAUCUAGAUUUUUUUUCUUGAAGAACCUCAUACUGUAGAAAAAACCUGGUAGAAAUUUUAUUCCAAAGCUGGAAUAUAAGAGAGGCAAUGUCAAUGUAGAACGCGGGAUUUAAUAUUAUAUUUUCAAGCUGUCGAGUGUCAGUUUAUGACACUGAUGGUUGAAUGAUUGAGACCGGAGUUAAACUAAAAUAUGGAUGUUAUUUGAAGAUGAUUUGUGUCGAAUAAACUCUUCAAGUUUGGCCGAAUUUGUACUUAAUAAGUUGGGAACUUCAUGCGUAAGGGUUCAGGGACGAGCUUUUCGAUUCCUACGUUUUACAAUCAGGGCUACCUUGAUAAAUAUGAUAUCAAAACUAUCUUAUAAUAAACACAAUGAGAAACACACAUUCAUACUCUGAAAUACGUAUGAGUACAUUAACGCAUUCACUGCCACCCUCUUUUCCUGGACAUUCACCAGGUGCCGCAUUUUGCUGUCACUAUAUAUUAUGAACGCGUCUGUGCGUCAAAGGCAUAGGGUGAAAGUCACGGUGACGCAUAUAUGCGUCGGUGGCAGUGAAUGCGUUAACAAAUUUGGCAUUACAACCUAUUUAAAAUAUUUAUAUGCAAAUAUUAAAUUAGUUUGUAAACGUGGUAUAUGUGCGCGCGUGUGUAAAUGUGAUGACUGAUAAUGUGGUGGUUUCUUGAAAUUCAAACUGAUACAUAUAAGAAAGUUUAGAUAUAUAAUUUUAUCAAGGUAGUUCGUAUUGUAAAAUGUUUAGUGGCUUAAUAGCAGAACAUUUUGAUUAACUCUAUACGUUUAAGGCUAUACUUCAACGUAUAGAGUGCAAAAUUUGGAAUAGUAUUCCAAUGUAGUGAAAUUUACAUCUAAUUCGUUAUUGUGUUUAACAUUAUGCAUGUAUUUAUCUCUGGAUUAACAAUUAACCGGCCACGAUCGCGCGGCGGCGGCUAAGAGCGAGUCGCCAUGAGUGACAGUGAUGUCCGAUCGUGCCACUCACUCCCACACAUACAACUCUUACUGACUUAAGGUGGGCCUUAUGUGUUUGCAAUAGGGCUUAGGUUGUCAGUGCCAAGGAUUUUAACAUUGGUAACUCACUCAACGUAACCGCCGACACGCGAUGUCGUGGCCUCACCGUAUUUAUUUUGUUGGGACCACUAUCCCUUUCGGAAUCAUUGAGAUACUAUUUCAAGCGUCGGGAAUAAGAGUCAUAACUGUGCUCAUCGCCACAACCUAGCUUCUACUUUUACGAUUGAAAUCACAUGUAAAAUACUUAUAUAAAGAAUUUUAUGUAAAUUUAAUAAGGUUAUCGUCGCUCAGAAUCACAACACGAUCGCCGUUCAUUUAAAGCGACUAAAUCUCUGUUGUCAUUACUAUUGAAAUCUUUAUUAUAUUAUAGUGUUUGUCAACAAAAGUGGAAUCAUUGUUAUUCGAAUCGAUACUCAGAUCGCGACCGUAGUGUACCGUCAUCAUUACAUGAUAAGGGUUCAUCGCGAGGGCCGUGACGGCGGGGUGUGGUCGCAGUUCAGUUCAGUUUUGUGUUCCCGUCCGUAGCGAAUUAUGUUUCAUAUUUUCAAUUCUUUCCCUUUCUGGCGGCUGACUCAUUGGCGAUAUAGCGGCUAGCUCCGUUUUCUCUAGAAAUCGUACAAUAGUAGAUCUUGUGUGAAUAAAUGUAAUUGCUCGUUGUUUACACGGUUGGCAGAAAUUAAGUCGAGGGCCAAGAUGAAACGCUCCAAGUCGCUUCAGAGUGUAAUAAAGUAGCGUUUUUGGUGGCUAAAGCUUACUAUCAAAGAAAAAAAAACGCUUAUCGGUUAUGGGCAGCCGCCCCUCUGAGACGUGAGAUUUACUAUAAGUACCUCAUUUAUAUAACUUAGGUCCGCGUUGGUCCAUUCCAGCCUCCAUCAUCGUAGAUGUAACAGACUAGUGUCGCUUGACGCAAUCGACGUCCCGUUUUCAUUACUUACGUUGUGUAUUGGAUUGUGUUACUUAGUAAAGCAUUACCAUAACAUAUGACUUACGUUAUGUCGUUCGGUUUGUGCGUUGAACGUUCCUUGUGGCUUUAUUCCAUACAGGUUGUGACUCAGGCUCGAGCGAGCGCGCGACGCAUACACUGAAGCAUUCUAGGUUAGAAUUUUAUUUAGUCAUUUUGUAAACUAAGUUCACGUGAAACAAGUAUGGUUAUCAUAUUAUUUAAAUCGGCUCCGUUCCUAUAGAGGCCACAUACUUUCCUAUCAUUAUUUAUGCUCGUAUUCUUUAAUUAUAGUUUUAAUAUAUGACGUAAUUUCAUGCAAUAAGUAAGAAAGUGUCAAAAGCUCUUCAGUAUGGAAGUAAUCGGUCGUUUUCGAUGGCAUCGCUAUUUAACGUGCAAUAAUUUUAUGUAAAGGUUCAUUACAGCGUGUAUAGGUUGUUCGCGGGCGUGCCCGACCCGGGCCGAGCGAGCCGAUCCCCACAAGACUGACAAACAUUUCACCUUCGUGUACAAACGCGGCUACGGGCAAGAGUCAAUUCACGUUUGCGAGCUUUCUUUUCAUAAUAGUUCUUAUGACUGUAUAUCAUUUUGAUUAGGAUAGUCGGCGACGCUCCUCGGAGCGCGGUCAUUCCAAUAGCACUUCUUGCUUACAUAGUGAGGCACGGCGUACGCCAGGGAUGUUGACUUACUUACGGAGAGACGGAGUCAGGAUGCGAAUAGACUGAGUAGUCGGCGACGGGGGGAGAGGAGACGCCGAGUGCCGCGGCCGCGCGACACGCUACACCAACCAUUUAGUCACGAUUUGGUCAUCACUUCUUAUGUUAUUGUUAAAGUUUCCGAAAUACGUUACAUUUCGUUGGUCGUUAUGGUUUUCGAGUCUUCCUUAUGCGUGUGAAAAAUUACAGUAUGACUAAAUUUUACUAAAUGGUGUAUAGUAUGUUCGCCGCGGCCGCUGCGUUGUCGGUGUAAAAAUUGUACAGCUUAGGAGGAAAUACAUUUGUAUAUUUUUGCUUGGUCAGGGCGCGGCAAGUAUUAUCGGCAACGCGUGAGCGUAUGAGUAAGGUUUUGUGGACGGCAAUAUGUCUGCUUCGGACUGACCUGGGGCCGCCUCAUUGCCGUCUGUACGAGUAAUGGAUUAGUCACAGAUGUAGUCAUCACAAAUGUGUAUUCCCGCAUUAGAAGUUAUUCAUUUUUGGCUAAGUAUAUUUGAAGUGAUUUAACAUUAAAAACAUCUUGUUGUGUCGAUUUCAUAUUUUUAGAAAAAGUAUAGAUAAUGCGAUUAUUGUCGAAAUUUAUAAAUGUAAAACGGAUUUUUUUUAGUUCUUCAAUCAUGUUUUUUUGAUGAAUUAUUGUGAACAAAAUGAAGUAUUUUCAUCGUUAAAUGUUCGUUAACUCGUAUUGUACAAGGCAAUAUUAUAAUGGAGUGUAAUUAAACCAUGUAUGUCUAAACAUGAUCGUAAAUACCAUAGUUGUACCUAAUUGUUACUUUCUAUUUGCUAGAUAGUAUAAUCAAAUUAGAUUGGGUAUUAAAAUGUAAAGUGUUUUGUAACCCGCGAACAAAUAAAUUUGCGCGUCUACGCAAUAAUACAUUUAUUCGAGUGUUCGUAACGCGAAUGCUGUCGGUGGCGAUAUACGUUAGGAUAAUUUACUGGUACCUACUUGCUGCUCAUGAUAUUUUAUACAAUGCGUUUUGUGUUCGGGUCAUUUACACUUGGGUUUACCCCUUCAAACAUUGCGCUUAUUUAGACGAUGCGAGAACUCGCAUGUUAGUUUCAUUACAUUGCGGGUUUUGAUCGGUCGGUUGAAUUGGACGGAACCAACAGUCCGCAAUGUAACUAAAAUCGCCUGCGAGUUCGCCGUCUAAAUCAGCCCAAAUAAGGCAGUAAUCAGACAUCAGGGUGCUUAGAAAGACCAAGAGUAAAUAACGUGAACAAACGCGCUGAGCCAUCGCCAGUUUGCGUUAAAACUUUACAAAAUAACCACAAUGUUAUAAAGCACCUUUUAUUUCCCACAUCGCAUAGUUACAUUAUGUAUACCUCGUUUUUUUUAGCAUUAGAAAUUAGGUAAACAAUCUUGAUGUGUCUUUUAAUUGAAAAACUCAUUUUAAAAAUAAGUUACGGCAAAUAUGUAACAAUUAUGAAUCUAAUACAAUCAUUUAUAUUCUUCUGCUUUCAUAAAUGAUAGUUAAGUACUGAUUUUUAAUAAGCGUUUUUCAAUUAAAAGACAUGCCAAAAUCGCUUACCUUCUUCCAAGUUCUUUCUAAUGCUAAAAAAAACGAACUAUAAAUCCGAACAAUUUGAUAUGUGAAAGUUGCACCAAAAAUGUAUUUGUACGUGGUCGGAAGGCGCCCGCCCGGUAGGUAGGCUGGAGUGUAGUUAAUUUAAAUUAUAAUUUAAAGUUCGCUUACCUAAAGUAAGUCAUGUUCGAUCGGUCUGCGGACGCACGAUGAAGAUUUUUAAGCUAUAGUUAUAACUUUAUGUAUUAUAAUACAUGAUGCUUUUGAAACUGAAUUGAAUUCUUAUUGUAAGUAUAAAAUAAAUAUUAAUAUUCAUAGAAACAGUUCUCAGUGUUUAUUUUUCUGUAAGAUGUAUGGUAAAAAUUUGCAUACGCAAUUUGACUUGUAUUCAGUUAAGGUCACAACCUGUUCAAAAAUACGAAAAUAUUUGUUAACUCAUAAUUAAAUAAAGCUUAUUAUAAGAUA